CCAAUCGUCUCUUUUUCCAUUAAAGGCCGCUGACCUCUGGUCACUGUUUGCUUUACUGUAGAGAUUCUGCGUUCCAGUGGUGGAGGAAGUGAGCGACGGUGGGUGGAGGGCCCAGUUGUCACAUGCAGAAGUGAAACAGCACAGAGGAAGAGGAGUCAAAUAUCUGAAGCGAGCUCAGCGAAGGGCAGAAGAGGCAGCAGGACAGUCGGUGUCAUGUUGGCGGAAGGUUUUUUGACAUCACUGCCCUACAGGGAGGAGAAAACGUUUGCCUCCAAGCAGAAGAGAGGUCAGACCGGCGCUCAUCGCGUGGACCCGCUGAGUUAUGCCGUUUCGUACUCCAGGUCGGCGCUCCCGCAGAUGCUUUCAGCUGAAGAAGAUUUAAGUCCAGCCCAGAGACAGAGAGCGCCUCCUCAGCUUCCAGGCCUCUUCAUCCCUGGGUAUUCCCCUGCAACAACCCAGAACCCCGUCUGCAUCGAGGACUGCAGCCUCCUGGACCAGUAUCCAGACCUCCAGGUGGCCGAUUCGGGCCGCAUAUCCAACAAUCCACUGAGAGCCAACUCAAGCCAGCAGGACUCCUGCAACCCCGAGGUGCAGCUGAAGCCAGAGGUCCAUGCUGGGUCAGCUGCGUCCAUCCCAGACCAGGGGUAUCUGGUCAUGGGGGGCACUGAGAGCGUCAGCCUGGACCUGGAUGAGUCCGGGUUGGAGCCCAUGUCCAACUCCGUGCUGAACGGGCUGCUGGAGAAGAAGCUGGAGGAGGUUUACAUGCAGCACCUGACGGAUAAUUUGGCUCGAUGCAACUCCCAUCUGGAGAACAGCCUCCUGCACGGCCUGGUGCCGCCGCCGCAGCCCGGUUCUCGGGAACCGUACUCCCUGGAGAACAGUCUGGACCAAGGUUCACAAAGAGACAGCGGUGGCAAAAUAAGUUAUCUGAGCACCCACAAUGUCGUUCCCUCCUCAUCAAACUUCAGCUCUCCAGUGUUGAGGAUUUCUGAAGCUGAAAAUCCACAAAUGCAGCCAAACGUCCUCAAGUAUUAAACCAAAGAUUCUGCUGUGAAGCCACGCCCUCCCACCUGUAAUUCUGUGUAAUUUUGUUUUGUGCAGAGCAUUGUUUGAUGAAGUGAUGCCUCAACCACAGCUGGUUCCAUGCGCCACCUGCUGUCCAAUUGUGGCACUACAGGUUAUCAGUCUGAAGACUUUUUAAAGCAGCUUCUAAAUCCCUCUAAGCCCAUUUCUCUGCUUUUACAUUUCUAAAAAGUUACUCUGCUAUAAUCAUAUUUGAUCUAUUAAAGCUAAAUUUACACAUUUGAUGUGUCAAGAGACGAAAGUAUUUAACUACAGUGCAUUUCACACCAAAAAUCUUAAAAAUACACAAGAACAAGUUUAUUAAAACCUAAAUUAAGUUCAUAAAAAUAAAUCUUUUGAAGUCAGUUUAAACGUGUGAAUAUCUGCAGUUACUUUUUCCAACUAGUUUGUGAGUUUUUGUGUGACUGACUUAAUGUUUGAGCUCAUUUAAAAUCAUGUAACUUCUCUGCUUUCUUACUUAUUUUUUAAGAUAAUAAAAUAAUAAAAACAAA